UGUGGUCCGUGUAAAUGUGAAGUGGGGAUGAAUCUGAGUCCAGUUUGUAACAAGUCUACAGGAGAGUGCUACUGUAAUGUAAGUACCAAAUAGAAGAAGCUUAUCAGAUGAAGUUUACUAAAACCGUGGAAAGUUACGAGAGUCUAAACCAGGGGAGAAAACUAGAGCAGUUUUUGUUUUUCCAUAUGAAGUCAGGAGAACGAGGGAAAAAUCAAUGGGGGAAAAAGCGAUAAUGCAGAAAACAAAUGAACAAAUAAAGACUCCUUAAUCUACCAUUAUGGACUAUGGACGAGCGGGAAAGGAGAAUUGUUUUCAGUCUGGGGGGACAUAAAGUUUUUGUGUGUGUGCUUUUAUAUUUCCUCGAAAAGAACAGGUUUUUAUACCGAUUUGUUUGCGAUUUGCAUCAUUCUUUAUAAGAUUGGUAUGGGAAACAGGGCAGAAAAGUGCAUUGUAGGGGCGAUGUGUCUGAAAGAAAGCCACUGAAUGGUUCUCUUGUGGUCUUGCAUUUUUCGUCGCCUGUAAACCGCGCCUACUGCUCUAGAAUUCAGUUCUGAAUCUAAUGUGUCUUUCAUUCACUUGUUACGCAACUGGUAAUCGGUGCUUUUUUUAAAAUUUUUACUCGUUUUGUUUUUGUCCAGGCGAAGCACUAUCGAAAGAUUGUAAGCUAUACAUUCUCGGGUGCCCCUCUGUUUAGUGAUGGCUGUUUUAGAUGUGACUGUGAAGAGAUUGGUAGUACUUGUGAUCAGUGUGCUGCAGAGAAUGGCCAGUGCCCUUGUCUUAAAGGCCGAAGGGGAGGGAAGAAUGUGGUCGGGAGGCGUUGUAAUCAGUGCGAAGACAAACAGGGUCAGAUUGUGAGUGGUGGAGGCUGUGUGGGUAAGUGAGAUUUUACGUAACUUGAACGCGUUGCAAACGCGGUGAAAAUGCGUUUGUAUGCGUAUUUAAUGCGUUUUAAAUGGGUUGCGUUGUGCGUGUAAGGUGUUGACAGUGCCUAUGAAACACGCUUCAACCCGUUCAAAACGCGUCUUUAUUGCAGGUGAAAUGCGUUUGCACGCGUUUAAAACAGGCGCAUAGACAUGCAUUAACUCCACUGCAGAGAAACAGAUCUUUUUCAGUCUUGUCAAAUAGGGAAGAAUCCCCAUUUUUCCAAUUUCCUACUUGGAAAAGGAAAUUGGUUGAAUUGUCAGAAAGUCGUGUGUUUGGUAACAUUUCUUUCAUGAGAAAAGAAAGUUAAUUUUAAUUCCUCUUUUCGAGAGUUUUUUAGAAACAGUUUGCACGAGAAAUCGUGAGUCUUCUGUACACAUAACUAACAACGAUUUGCAUUUGUUAAAUUAUUAUUGUUAGUAUUAUUACUAUUACUAUUAUUGCUAUUAUCAUAAUUAUAUUAUUAGUGAGUAGCGUAAGCGUUAGUGUAAUUAACUUUGUAUUUGUUUGUAUUACUCUAGUAUUUGUGCUUUAAGUGAAAAAAAAAAAAAUGUGUUUAAAAAAAAAAAAAAAAAAAUUAUAUUAUUUCACCACAUGAAAGGAAGAUAUCUCGAACAGCAUUCGUAAUGUUACCUCUUUUUAUUUAUUUAUCUACGUAUGAUUUGUUUAUUAAAACCGGGAAAUGAGGAACUCUAGAAUUAAUUUUAUUUGUUUGUUUUUAAUAGUUAUUAACACAUCAUGUCCAAGAGCAUUUGCUGAGGAAAUAUGUUGGAAGAAAGCCGCGUUUGGGACAACAGCAAAAGAAAAAUGCCCAUUCGGAUCAUCGGGUUUGUGUUUUGAUUAACUUAACUUUUUUUGAAAAUUUUGUGAUCUCAGCAUCUAUGCCGACGUUUUUUUAAACUUGUUGAUGAAAUGUUGUAUAAGAAGGUAAUUGUUUAUAUCUUGUUAUAUCUAUGUUAAACCAUACAAUUUCUAGUUUUAGUUUUUCUCGUAGUCAGUCGUUUUGCCGAUUAGUCAUUAUUUUAUAUAUGUAUUUGUACUGCUUUGAAGGCCGUAAGUUAGAUAAAUCAUUGGGUUAAUUUCGUCAACUUCGUUAAAUAAAGAAUAUUGUAUUGUAUUGUAUUGUAAACUCAAGUACGUGAACGAAAUCCUGCGAGCGCUUCUUUGAUGUGUUACUAAACAAGGAAUUUACCACUGUUAAGUCAGUGAAUAAAACCAAGUUACAUGAUAUUCACGAACUUUUGAGCAGUUACACUGAAAAUAACAUUAUUAGCGCCAGACUUCCGGCAAAUCUCUGAGGCGUGUCAAAUUUUCCCGCCGGUGGAAAAACGCGCGUCCUGCAGCGCUGAUCAUGAAGGCGUGCUCGAAAGCUAGGUUUUCACGUGAGAAGCUAGAUUUGGAGUCUGUGCUUUAAACACGAGUGUGGGUGAUGAUUCAGAUGAGAGUAACUUAGCAGCACAAGCCUGCAGUAAUGUUUAAUGUUCUGCACAACUUGUGUAGUUUUAACUCCCAAGUUCGCGGGUUCAACCGCAAUCAGAUCACUUGAGAUCACUGAAGAGAAAGUUUGUGAUUAAUGCUUUUCUUUCGUUCUGCUGAGUCAUGCUUUGUCGAUAUCUUGUUAUUAAUUUACGUUAUCAGCUCAGUUGAUAAUAUUAAAUUACCCUUGUGUCUUUUCUAGUUAAAAAAUUUGACGUCUGGAACGUCGACUGGAAGCCAGAUUUCGCCCUUGGUAUAUAUAUAGGACAGCAGUUAGAUCUUGCCAUCACGUUAUCCCCUCAACUGUACGCCAGAGACAUAGAAAUCGCACUGACGAUU